AUGCCGGCCGGUUCUAACCGGGAGAGGCCGAAGCUUUUAGGGUCCUCCGAAGAGCCCGCCCUCUACCCUGCGCGUCCUCCCCUCCCCCCCCCCUCCCCUUUCUCCGCCCCGCGGAGGGGUGCGGAGGUGGCCGCGGAGGGAGAAGUUACCGACACGGGGAAGGGAGGACGCGCCGUAGUAAUUUGCAAGGGGCGGUGCAGGGAUGGAAGGGGGGGACGGGGGGAGGGUGUUCCGCCCCCCCGAUCACAUGGCGACCCCGCGCAGCCAAUGCUGGGGGCUCUAGGACCCCGGGGACCCGCGUCCCCCCUCCCACAGCCCUAUAAAUGCCUCUCUAAAAUGCUGCGGAGCUCCUUCCUCCCGUCCCGCCCGGCUGAGCUGACCUGCGCCCCGCGCAGCUCUGCCUGGCGGGUCUCCGUCUUUGCUCCGCGCCCCGCUCCUUCCCCCUCCCCUUUUCUUUUUUUUUUUUUUUUUUUUUUUUUUUUUUUUUUUUUUUUCCCUCUUUUACAUCCCCUCCCAUUUUUCUCCUCCGCCCCUUCCCCGCGGCCGGUUUGCAUGCAUUGUCUGUCUCCCAAGAUGGUUUGUGAGACCAAGAUUGUGGCGGAAGAUCAUGAAUCAAUCCCGGGAUCCAAAAAAGACACGAUCAUUGUUUCUUCCACCCAGAUGUGGCCCUCUUUGGCGGGUUCCCCUUCCUCCCCUCCACCUCCCCUCAGCGCCCCAAAAGAGGACCCCCGCCGCGACAAUGUCUAUAUCCGCGAAUUCCACCCCUCUGAGCAGGAGGUGGUGCGCCGCAUAUUUUACGAGGGUAUCAUGGAGCGGAUCCCCAACACGGCGUUCAGGGGGCUGAAGCAGCAGCCACUCACUCAGCUGCUUUACGGGCUGCUGGCGGUAAUAUGCUUUGUUGUGACCAAGUCCUUCCUGCUGACCUGCUGUUUGCCCAUCUUUCUGAUGGGCAUGAGGUACUACUUCAGUAGAAAAGUUAUCCUCCACUAUCUCGAUUGUGCGCUGCAUACGGACAUGUCCGAUAUUGAGCAAUAUUACAUGAAACCACCAGGCUCCUGCUUCUGGGUCGCUGUCCUAGAUGGCAACGUGGUGGGGAUUGUGGCAGCCCGGGGCAACGAGGAGGACAACACGGUGGAGCUGCGCCGCAUGUCCGUCGACUCCAACUACCGUGGCAAAGGGAUCGCCAAGGCUCUGGGCCGCAAAGUCCUGGAGUUUGCCAUGCUCAACAACUACUCCUCCGUCGUGCUGGGAACCACGGCUGUGAAGAUGGCAGCCCACAAGCUCUACGAGUCCUUGGGGUUCAAGCACGAGGGUGUGGUUGAACAUUAUGCCCUGCCAGGGAUGACACACUCCUUACUGGAGAGAAUGUUUUUCCAGCUCCGCUACCACCGCUAUCGCCUGCAGCUGCGGGAAGAAUGAAAAAAAAAACAAAACCCAACCAACCAAACAAGAAAAAAAUUAUUUUUUUUUUUUCCCGCUCCUCCCCCUUCAGAAAUAAUAAAUUGCCCUUCUCUUUCUCAUC